AUGAUGGCUGUUUCGCAUCGCAAUAAAUUACGAGUUCCUGAGUUGAAUCCAGAAAUCUAUGGGCUGUCACUUGAUGACAAUGUGAAAAGUGGAUACUCGUUGAAUGAUUUGGCAGAGCAGCUUCGUCUCAUCUACUGUGGACCAACUGCCAUCGAAUUCAUGCACAUCAAUAACUGGGAGGAACGUCAAUGGUUGUCACAAAACUUUGAAAACAUAAUCGCUGAAGAGCUCCGCAAGGAAGAGCUAUUGAGAAUUGGAAAUCUGAUGUUGAAAUGUGAGAACUUCGAUCGUUUCCUAGCCACCAAAUUCCCAACACUAAAAAGAUAUGGAGCCGAAGGAGCUGAAUCCAUGUUCGCUUUCUUCUCAGAACUUUUCGAAGGAUCUCCUGAAAAAUCAGUUGAACAGAUUAUCAUUGGAAUUGCUCACCGUGGACGUCUCAACUUGCUCACUCAACUCAUGGAGUUCCCAACUGUUCAUAUGUUCCGAAAAAUCAAAGGACGUACUGAGUUCCCCGAGUCUGCAGAUGCAUCCGGAGACGUUCUUUCUCAUCUUGUCUCAUCUUUCGAUUACAAAGGAGCUGAAGGAAAUGUUCAUGUUACUAUGCUCCCAAAUCCUUCACAUCUUGAAGCCGUCAAUCCAGUUGCAAUGGGAAAAGCCAGAGCCAGAGCGUGGUCGAUGAACAAGGGUGACUAUUCUCCAGAAGAGCGAUCUGCCAGAACUGGAGAUAGUGUUCUGAAUGUUCUCAUUCAUGGAGAUGGUGCUUUCAGUGGACAAGGAGUCGUCUGGGAGUCGAUUGCAUUGAGUCAAGCACCACAUUUCAGACUCGGAGGAACUGUUCAUCUUGUUACGAACAAUCAAAUCGCAUUCACAGCAGAAUCAAGUGUUGGAAGAUCAAGUACUCACUGUACUGAUAUCGCCAAAGCAUUCGAGUAUCCAGUAAUUCAUGUAAAUGGAGAUCAUCCUGAAGAAGUUGUUAAGGCGACUAGAUUAGCAUUAGCAUACAGAGAACGAUUCCGUAAAGAUGUAUUUAUCAAUUUGGUUUGCUUCAGAAGAUGGGGACACAAUGAGUUGGAUGAUCCAACAUUCACAUCUCCUGUUAUGUAUAAAGAAGUUGAGGCGAGAGAAUCAGUUCCACGAUUGUUCUUAGAUCGUCUCAUUGAAGAAGGAAUCACUUCUGAAGAACAAGUGAAAGAGGAGCUGCAGAAACAUACGGAACAAUUGAAUAACGAACUGAAAAAAGUAGACAGUACUGCACCAAUUGACGUGAGUCAUCGAGGAGCUUGGGAAGGAUUCAAGCAAGCGCCGAAAGCUAUUGAAACAUGGGACACUGGAGUAGCCACUGAUCUUCUUCGAUUCAUUGGAGCUGGAAGUGUGAAGGUUCCAGAAGAUUUCGAUACACAUAAGCAUCUUUAUAAAAUGCAUAUUGAUUCGAGACUUCAAAAAAUGCAGUCAGGAGAAGGAAUCGACUGGGCCACUGCUGAAGCAAUGGCAUUUGGAAGUAUUCUUUUGGAAGGAAAUGAUGUAAGAAUCAGUGGACAAGAUGUUGGACGUGGAACUUUCUGUCAUAGACAUGCAAUGAUGGUCGAUCAAUCAACAGAUCAAAUUCAUAUUCCACUGAAUGAGUUGGUUGAGGGACAGAAGAAUCAGUUGGAAGUUGCAAAUAAUCUUCUUUCUGAAGAAGCAAUUCUUGGAUUCGAAUGGGGAUUCUCUUCAGAAAAUCCGAGGCGUCUUUGUGUCUGGGAAGCGCAAUUCGGAGACUUCUUCAACGGUGCUCAAAUUAUAAUCGACACGUUUAUUGCAUCAGCUGAAAGCAAAUGGCUCACAUCAUCUGGACUCACAAUGCUUCUGCCACAUGGAUUUGAUGGUGCCGGACCAGAACACAGCAGUUGUAGAAUGGAGCGAUUCUUGCAAAUCUGUGAUUCACGUGAAGAUCAGACACCAGUUGACGGAGAGAAUGUGAAUAUGCGAAUCGCCAAUCCAACGACAAGUGCUCAAUAUUUCCAUUUAUUGAGAAAACAAGUCGUUCCCAACUACCGAAAACCGCUGAUCGUCGUCGGUCCAAAGAUAUUGCUACGUCAUCCAAAGGCCGCCUCUAGAAUUGACGAGUUUGCGCCAGGAACCACUUAUCGAAAUGUGAUCUCAGAAGAUGUUACAUCCACUGCUGGAAAGAUAAAGAAAGUCAUUUUUGUGUCUGGAAAACAUUGGAUUGCAGUGGAGAAGGCUCGUGAUGAAAGAGGACUCAAAGACUCGGUCGCUAUUGUCAGAGUUGAGAUGUUGUGUCCAUUCCCAGUGGUUGAUUUGCAAGCAGUUUUGAAAAAGUAUCCAGGAGCACAAGAGUUCGUUUGGUCACAAGAGGAACCAAGAAACGCCGGAGCGUGGUCGUUUGUCAGACCAAGAUUUGAGAACGCGUUGGGAGUUCGGCUGAAAUUCGCCGGACGUCGUGAACUUGCAUGGACCGCCACAGCUAUCGGCGAACAGCACACCAAAGAAGCCGAGGAGGUGAUUAAUCAAACGUUUGCAUAA